AUGCCCCGCAGCUACAGCGGAGGAGAUGACAAGGGCGGCUCCGCCGGGAUCUGGUUAAAGAGCAGCUCGGCGGGGCGCUACGGCUGCAGCGGGAACAGCAGCGGCAUGAAGGAUGUGGAGUCCGGUCGGAGCAGGGUGCUCCUGAACUCGGCGCCCACCCGAGGGGACGGCUUGCUCCUCCUGGGCACCGGCGGCGGGUUUGGCUUGCGAGAGAGCCGGCGAGGCAAGCAAGGAAGAGCCCGGAUGAGCCUACUGGGGAAACCGCUCUCCUACAGCAGCAACCCGAUCUACCGGCGGAAUGCCAAGUACCGGAAGCUGCAGAACUAUCUCUACAAUGUGUUGGAGAGACCCAGAGGCUGGGCUUUCAUCUAUCACGCGUUCGUUUUUCUCCUUGUGUUUGGUUGCUUGAUUUUGUCGGUAUUUUCUACUAUUCCUGAACAUACGUGGCUUGCCGCUAGUUGCCUCUUUAUUCUGGAAUCAGUGAUGAUUGUUGUCUUUGGUUUGGAAUUCAUCAUACGCAUCUGGUCUGCUGGCUGUUGUUGUAGGUACCGUGGAUGGCAAGGAAGACUGCGAUUUGCAAGGAAACCUUUCUGUGUAAUAGACAUCAUUGUUCUCAUCGCUUCAAUAGCAGUUGUUUCUGCAAAAACUCAGGGUAACAUUUUUGCAACAUCAGCACUCAGAAGUCUUCGUUUCCUACAGAUUCUUCGUAUGGUACGCAUGGACCGAAGAGGAGGAACUUGGAAAUUGUUAGGCUCAGUGGUUUAUGCACAUAGUAAGGAAUUAAUCACAGCUUGGUACAUUGGAUUUUUAGUGCUUAUUUUUUCAUCUUUCCUUGUCUAUCUGGUUGAAAAAGAUGCAAAUGCUCAGUUUUCUACAUAUGCUGAUGCUCUGUGGUGGGGCACAAUCACAUUAACAACAAUUGGUUAUGGAGAUAAAACGCCUCUUACUUGGCUAGGAAGGCUGCUUUCUGCAGGGUUUGCACUGCUUGGCAUUUCUUUCUUUGCGUUACCUGCUGGCAUUCUAGGGUCAGGAUUUGCAUUAAAAGUACAGGAACAGCAUCGUCAGAAACAUUUUGAGAAGAGAAGAAACCCUGCUGCCAGUUUAAUUCAAUGUGUAUGGCGUAGUUAUGCAGCUGAUGAGAAAUCGGUUUCCAUUGCUACCUGGAAGCCUCAUUUGAAGGCCUUACAUACCUGCAGCCCUACAAAGAAAGAACAAGGGGAAGCAUCAAGCAGUAAGCUUUAUAGUAAUAAACAGAAGCUCUUCAGGAUGUACACCUCUCGGAAACAUAGUCAAAAGCUGAGCUUUAAAGAACGGGUGCGGAUGGCUAGCCCGAGAGGCCAGAGUAUCAAGAACAGACAAGCUUCACUUGCGGACAGAAGAUCUCCAAGUACGGAUAUUACUGCAGAGGGAAGCCCAACAAAAGUGCAAAAGAGUUGGAGUUUCAAUGACCGAACCCGCUUCCGGCCUUCCCUGCGUUUGAAGAGUUCUCAGCCUAAGCCAAUACAAGAUACUGAUGCCAAUCUUGGUGCUGAUGACCUAUAUGAUGAAAGAGGAUGCCAGUGUGAUGUAUCGGUAGAAGAUCUAACUCCAGCACUUAAAACAGUUGUCCGAGCUAUCAGAAUCAUGAAAUUUCACGUUGCCAAAAGGAAGUUUAAAGAAACUUUACGUCCCUAUGAUGUCAAAGAUGUCAUUGAACAGUAUUCAGCAGGUCAUCUGGAUAUGCUGUGUAGAAUUAAAAGUCUUCAGUCUCGGGUUGAUCAGAUUCUUGGAAGGGGACAAAUUACCACUGAUAAAAGAACUCGAGAGAAAAAUACUGUAGAGAAUGAGACAACUGAUGACCUCAGCAUGUUAGGGCGUGUAGUGAAGGUGGAAAAACAGGUGCAAUCUAUUGAAUCAAAAUUAGAUUCGUUACUAGACAUUUAUCAACAGGUUUUGAAGAAAGGAUCUGUGUCUGCAUUGACUUUAGCUUCGUUUCAAAUGCCGCCUUUUGAAUGUGAUCAAACCUCUGGUUACCAGAGUCCUGUAGAUAGUAAAGAUUUGUCUAAUUCUGCUCAGACUAGUGGAUCUGUUUCCAGAUCAGCCAGUGUCAACAUGCCUUGUGGCCUACAGCUUAUAUUGACACCAAAUGAAUUCAACACUCAAGCUUACUAUGCCUUUAGUCCAUCUAUGCAUAGUCAAGCCACACAGGUGCCAAGCGAUGGACCUGGAACUCUGUCCGCUAAUAAUGCACUAAACCAAAUAAACCAGACAUCUAAACCAACAGCACCCACUACAUUACAGAUACCCCCCUUUUCAUCAGUAAAGCAUAUCAAUAGGCUGGAGCCUAUUAAUUUUAUUUCUGUUAACACACAGGAAAAUACUUCUGAUGUCACCACUUGCCUUGUUGCUUCAAAGGAUAAUGGACAAAUUGCACAGUCCAGUGUGACAAAGGAUCUUUCGUGGAGAAAAAGCCUUGAUACAGAGAGUGAACCUCUAGUCUCCGUGAAACCAAUGGUACAAAUGGAUAUAGGAAAAUCACUGUCAGUACAAAACCUUAUACAGUCAACAGCUGAAGAACUGAAUCUACAGAUUUCUGGAAGUGAUACCAGUAGUUCAAGAAGUAGUCAAGAACUAUAUAGCAAAUGGAGGGAAUCAAAAUUAUUUAUAACUGAUGAAGAUUUGGAAACAGAGGGAGAAAAUGAAACUUUUGAAGCCAUUACCCACCCAUUAGUGGAAACAACUCUCUCUACUGACUCUCUAAGGACUGGAAUGUCAAGAUCAUCUCAAAGUAUUUGCAAGCCAGGAGACAGCACAGAUGUUCUCAGCCUUCCUCAUGUCAAACUUAAAUAA